AUGGUUAGAGGUAGCGAUGGACUCGAAACUAAUGUGUCUGUGUACCUGAAGCGUGGUGUGUUCGAUGACGAAAUUUCCGAUGAAAUGGAUUGGAGACGAAGUGGACACAUGCCUAUCGGUGGACACGUUAGGGAUCACAAUCUUAUAACGGGAGCAUCUGACGAGUCCACAACUUUAAGAUCGGGCAGACGUCUGGACGACUCAAUUUACGAGUCUAACGAUCGAAAUAAUUUUGAAGGUUCCCUAAUGAGAUUGACUGCUAAACCUUUAGAAACAAGUUCAACUCUUCCGCCAUCUGAAAAGCCAAUAGAAGAGGUUAUAAACCAGUAUACAAUGGGAUCGCUAGAUCAGCUCAAAGCGGUUCAAAGUGAGAUUAAUCGAAAAAAAGUUGAAGCUGCUCAAUCACUUCGAACAUUCAGCAGAAAACAGGACGAGAUUGUUGUUCCUGAGAGGAGGCCAGUAUUUCCCUAUUCCGAUGGCUCUGGAAGACGUGCAAUGGCAUAUACUAUACCUACCUACCAGCCUCGUUCGACUUAUAGUUCACUAAGGGCAGCGGUUCCCGACGAUCGAAUCAAUGAUCAUUCAAGAUGGAUCCUACCAAAAAUACCAGUGGAGAAACUUCCAUGGGAUAUGCAGUAUGCUGAUGACUACAUGAGUCAGACAUACCCAUCGCCAAUCACACCAAGAGCUGGCCCAGCUAGACCCACCAGGCCACCAGGGUUGGCAAGAACCAGAUUAAGACCCACACCAACACAAACAACAUUGUCCACAAUCAAACAGCUAGUGGGUCCUAAAAUAGAUUUACCAAAAUCCAUGGAUGACGAUAUUGAAGCGUUUAAGAAAAAACUUAUGGAAGAUAAAUUUAUUCCACCGUCGUUCAAAGACGAAGAUUUUCUGAAAAAAAUGGACAUAGGAAAAAUUAAUCCUAACGAAGAUUACGAGGAAGAUAUAAAGGGAGUCCCUAUGAGGAGGAAGAGAAAUAUUAAUAAAUUAAUAACACCGAUAAAUAAUUUCGUUAAUGAAAACGACACAAAGACGGAAGCCAGUAAAGAUUUUGUAAUUAGCACAAAAUUAGGCGGUACCGUUGAAAAGAUUGACUUAGUGAAAACUGUCGACGUAUUGCACAAGAAGUUUUUUAUAGGAUAUGAGGGAAAUAAAGAGACGCCGUCAUCAAAAAUUGAUAAGACCACAUUUGAUAUUUUUACGAAAUUAUUUUCUUCAACGCCGUCAUGA